AUGCCAAAGAACAUUGAUUGGAGCCGCGAGAACGAACUCCGCUUCCUCCUCCUAUGUAUCAAAUCCACCGAUAAAGUCAAUUUACACCGUGUCUGUGAGGGGUUUGGGGAGGGGAUCACGGUGAAUUCGGCUAGGAAGAAGUUGAAGAGGUUGACUGAUUCGGUGAUGGGCACAACGACGUCAACUGGGAAGGGCAAAGGAUCGCAGAAGGGGAGGAAGAAGAUGGUGGAGGAGGAAGACGAUGUGGACGAGGUGCAGGUGGGAAAGAGGGAGAGGAGGAGUAGUGGCACCAAAAGGAAGAGGGUUAAGAAGGAAGAGAGCGGGGAGGAGGAUGGCGAUGUCGAAGUCGAGGAAGCGUACGAAAAUGAGAUGAAGGAGGACGACGGAGCUAAAGAGGAGGAGGAGGAGAAGGAGGAGUGA